AUGGAGAUGUCUUUGAACAACUCUCCCUACCACCAUAUCCUGUCUGCUUCCUCUUCCCGACAGACCUUGCACAAAGAAACACUUUCUCGUCCAGGCACCGCCUCGUCGCGGCCGAAUGAUCGACAUUCAAGAGGCCAACUGACUGAGGGCCACAUAUCAGCAGACGAAACCCAUCAAUCUCCAGCAACAGUUGCAUCACCAUGCCAAGAUGUAGUUUUGGAUGAAACUGGAGACCACCUCGAGGAAGGCCAAGAACAGCAUCUGUCUCACCCCGCUUUCCAGCCGUUCUUCACCUUGAUCGAAGACGCCCAUACCUCAGAUUAUCACCACCCAACGGUCCACUACAUAUUCUCCGACGAUGACACCGACAUCGUGACAGAGGCGGCCCUUCGUAGUCUGGCCGCGGAGCAAGAAGCCCUUUCCGAUUCCAAGAAAGAUCAGAUCGCGCAGACCCAAGCAUCCCAUCUCCAGGACGAGAUCAAAGACCCCUCCGAUCCAGAUCCAGCCAAGACUACCCUGCUCCCGCCACCAGUUCCAGGUAUCCGGGAGAACUAUGUCAUCCUCGAUGUAGAGCCCUCACCACACAUACCUGGGAUAGCGCAAACCAGUCCGAUAACCGAACAACUAGCACCAGGCAAAGGCGGGGGUGGCCCGAGGUCCAUAUCCUCAUCACCGGCAAACGCUUCCACACUCCCACAGGAUCAUGGACAAUCACACCCGCAGUAUAAUGUUACCGCGGCGCAGAGCUUCUCAUCAAGAUGGCAGGUUCUCCACACUGAAGUGAUGCCGGCGCCCACUUUUGAGAAUAGCAAUCCUGGCGAGUUACCAGGGCAUGGGUUGAUGCUGAAGAUCCGUGGCACAGGUGGGCUGCCAAUUGAGGUGAGUGGCAAGGAGAAGGAGCGUACACGUACACUUGAGGAGAUGAUGGAUCAAUUUGCAAAGCGGAUGAGCGAGUUGCAGGUUGUUAUCGAUGCUGCGGAGUGUGCGGACUCGAAAGGGGAGCACGAGGAAAACCCCGUGCAGCAUCCCUUCUCUCCAGAUACAGCUGAAGAUACUAUCCAGGAUGAUGGGGAUAGUGCGGCAUAUGUUGCAGAGGUUGAACUGAAACACUCUGGAUGA